UUUUGCUCUAUAAAGAGCCAUAUCCAUUUCUUCACUUCCUCAAAAUUCGCUAGUUCCACAGAAAAGGAGAACAAACCUUAAUUUCUUCGAACUCUGUUUUUGGCAAUAUGGGUGGAGGAGUCAUCAGAGCGGCGGCGAAGGUCGCCGGGCUGGGAGUUGUCAACACCGGUUUACGUGCCGGUUUUCAGGUGUCACCGUCGUCAACCGAGCACUCCGUCAUGCGAGUCGCCUCUCGUCCGGUUUCUUCUGCGAUGGCUGUUUCGAGUGGCGGGGUUUCCUCCGUUGCUGACGCGGCUGCGUCGGUCAAUCAGAAGGUGGGUUGGGAGACAUUUGAUGACUGGGAAUUUGCUGGUGGUGUUGAAGAGGAGGUGGCUAUGGUAGGGUCCACCGCCUCCGGCGGUGGGGAGCCGAUGGCUCGGGUGUUAUUUGGUGGCGUUCCGAGCCAUGAGGAGGCUAAAGAAGCCACUGCUGAUUUGAAAGAUGCGUUGGAUAAGGUUUAUCUGUCAUCUCCAAAUUCUGCUGACACUGCUCAGGCGUGUCCCCUGACGUUGCUUUCAUACCCUGAGGAGACUAAAGAUUGUGUUGCUUGUAAUGUCAAAGCCACUUCAGUGCCAAAACCUGCUAUUCAGGCAUUCAAAUUAUUUAAUGAGAGUCCUCAAGUUCAGUCUGUUGUUACUUCACUUGCUGCCGAUCAGAAUGUAUGGAAUGCUGUAUUGAACAAUUCGGCUUACAUGGAAUUUGUCCAGUCCCAGAAGACCAAUGAUGAACUUGAAGAUCAUGGAUCUCCUCGAAGCUCUGAAUCUUCGGUGAAGUUAGAAGAAUAUGUUGAUGCAAGUCAUCCCAAAGACAGUGGAAAUCAAUUUUCAAAUUUUCUACUGAAAGUCAAGACUACUGUGAUUGAGUUGGUGAAUAAAGCGACUGAUUUCCUUCAGAGCCUCUUUACUUUGCCUUCUGCUGAAAAUGCCGAAGGAAAUGCUGGAUCAACCUUCAGUAGUUUUGAUAAGACAAUUGGAGCUAGCUUGAUGGGAUUGGCAGUGAUGGUUAUUAUGGUUGUGCUUGUGAAACGAGCCUAGAGUGAAGCUUGAUAGCACUCUUAUGUGAAUUUGCCGAUCUUACAAUCCCAAAAUUCUCCAUUUUCAUUUGGAUGCUUUAUGGAUGAUAAUGGUGAUGAAAAAUACUAGCUUAUCUAGUUAAGUACAUUUAUCAAUAGGUGGUCAAGGGUUGGAUGUCUUGUACAGCUUUACUUGGUAUUAAGCCUUGGAAUGAGUUCUCAUUUCUACUUUUAUAUUUGCUA